GCGCGACAGGUUUGGGUACAGAACAUUAUGCGUUUUACGCUCAUAGGAGCACAUCAAUGGUCGAACACGACCAAUGCCAAAAUCGUGCUGGCAACACUCUCAACCCGCAAUCCGCAAUGAUGGCUGAAGCGUCGUCUGGUCAAGUAGUACGCGUCUAUUUAGAAGCGUGGCAGUUAUAUUGCGCGUUCGUGAUGAACCGAUUUUAUUGGCUCCGUGCUGCUCCACAGUUGCGUUGCGCUGUUCAUGACCGAGUUUCCAGGCCACAUAAGACACGCUUCACUUUAUCUAGCCGGCCUGAUCUGUGACCCGACUUGAAGUGUGUGAGCAGCCCCGGCUUUGGCAUGAAUCAGAAUGAGAAACCUACGUUUUGCCAUCCGCGUUGCUUUCUACGGUGUGACCGUUUAUUCCGCCCUGUCCACGGCCGUCAUCUACAUUUUUAUUCAGUGGUUCGGACGUUUCCGCGCGGACCUUUACGACGUCGACGGGCUCGCAAACCGCACGACGCACGGGUGGCCCUGCGGCGAUCGUUCCUCAGCUUCGGAGUCGAACGUGCUGUCUCGCGACGUGAUCGGCAAGGGGCAGAUCGACGUCCACGGAUGGUGGCAGGACCAGGCGACCAUUUCAACGGACGUGCAGUGUUUCAACGAGCCGUGGGCUCUGUGCUCCAAGGCGUUUUCCAUCACCUGCAAACGAAGCAACGUUCGCGCCAUUUACCAGCACCUCUCGUUUCGACGUAACCUUACACUGCGCAGCUUCAGCCUGUCCCUGCGCGUUGCCGCCGAGCAACUCGAGUCCCAGACGGCCGAUUCCUUCCUCGGCGCUCUCGUUCUGGUCAGGCUGAGCGACGGCGGCGAGGAGUUCCUGCGCGUGCCGUUCCCCGCGACCACGAGCACGCUCACUCAGCGCGAAGGCGUCUACACGGCCUCGCACUCCGAUCGCACCGUCGCGACGGCCACCGUGUUGCUCGGCUGCUACGGUUACGCCGGCGUGGUGCACUUCACGGACGUUCGGCUCACGCCGCUGGUCGAGGCCGCCGCCAGCCACGGCUGCAGGGCCCGCGAUCUCCUGGAGGACUGCCCGACGUCCGCGCGAAGCCUGCCGCCCACGCACCGCAGGCAGAAGCUCAAGUUUGAGCUCAUACUGGGCAAGGUCCGCUCGUCCAAGAAGCGCCACCUCAACAAGGACGUGGCUCUGGUGACGCAGCUGUCGAUGGACCGACUGCCCGUCCUGGAGCACACGCUGCAACUGUGGGAAGGGCCCGUCUCCCUGGUCAUCUACGUUCCCGUCAAGGGAGGCAAAGUGGAUGGUGACUGGCAAAAGCUCUACGUACAGAAGAAGCUACAGAACUUGAAACUGCACCCAGACAGUCAUGUGUCGCUUGCGUACGGUGUGCCAGGCUCUGGAGAUUACCCGAUCAAUGCUCUGCGCAAUGCCGCCAUCAAACAAACAAACUGUGAAUACCUUCUCACCGCUGAUGCCGAUUUCCAGCCAUCACCCGACUUUCACAAGCACUUUCUCCUGUCUACGAGGUCAGUGGCCAACACAGACAAGGUAGCAUUUGUGGUCCCGGCCUUUGAAUACCUGGAGCUACCUCAGAAGUCCGACGGUGUCGCCCAAACCAAGGAGGAGCUCAUGCAGCUGCUACACCGGCAGGACCCCUUCGUGCAGCCAUUCCGACACGACAUCACUCCCGAAUCGCACCAAAGCACAGACUACUGGAAGUGGUACCGCACCGACAAGCCGUACGUGGUGCAAACGUUCAGCGACAAGUACGAGCCGUAUCUGGUGCUCAGAAACACUGCCCAGCUUCCUCAGUACGACGAGCGCUUCACGGGCUACGGCAUGAACAAGAUUACUCACGUCACCGAACUCUUCGCGGCGGGCUACGUCUUUCUCGUGCUUCCCCACGUGUGGCUGGUCCACGUGCCGCACAAGCCGUCAACGUACUUUGUGGACCAUGUGCAAAACCCACAACACAGACUGCGGAACAGGGUGCAGAGGUUCGAAUUCCUCGUCGAUGUCAUGCGCAAGUACAAGCUCGGAAGGUGCAGGUGAAAUCAGCAUAACUGUGUGGUUGUAUUGCAUGCCUUAUGUACUCACACGCGCAUCGUAAUGUGCUCUGUCAGGCGGAAGGUUGGGAAAUGGCCUCAAGCACGGCAACUGAGAACCUGGCAUUGCCAGCGCAAUAUGUAGUGGCUUGUCGCAUAAGCACUUUCCUAUCACGCAGCAAGCUUUUUUCCAAUCCAUUGUCAACUCGCAGCAAUUUAAACUCGGAUAACUGAAAAUCGCUGUUCACUCAGACGUAUAAAAAAAUUUGGUCGGACCUGCUGUGUGUUUACCAUGUUUUGAAGUGACCUAAUUCAAGUGAGCCUUCAGGUAAUUUCGGUUAAAUUUCAGUUAAAUCAAAGUUCUUUGCAUCCCAAAGCGAAUCGGCAUAAAUUUAAAUUACGGGCUUUUACAUGCCGAAACCACGCUGUGGUCUCUGGACAAUUGUGGAUCUUUAAUGUGCACCCAAUGCAUGGCACACGGGCGUCUCUGCAUUCCACCCUUAUCGAAAUGUGGGGGGAGGGAUGCCGCUGAGAUUUGAUCUCGCUACCUCAUGCUUAGCAGCGAGACACCAUAGCCGCUAAGCCGCCGCAGUGAGUAAGCAGCAUAGCCAAGAGCAGCUGACCACAGAACACUCAUAAGCCUGGAAUAGGUAAAACGUACCCACAUUUAAUAUUCAGGCUGCCGUGUAUGUUCACAGGUGCAACACAGGUACAAGAUAGCAUCAUUAGCCGGGUAACACGCUUGUCACUCUAAUAUUACGAAUGUGCUUUCAUUGAAGCUCUCUUUUCUCUCCAUUUUCAAAGAGGUCAUUGAUAGACUGGAUUGAUCGAUUAGAUUUGACAUACCAAAGCGCAACUUGAACUAUUACUGCGUCAUAGUGGGUGGCUCCGAGGCAAUUUUGGCCACCUUAGGCUAAUAUCUUUAAUGUGCACCUAAAUGGAAAAUACGCAAGUGUUUUCACAUUCUUCCCCUAUCAAAAUGUGGCUGCUGCACCAGGCUGUCCAAGUGGUAAUAUCACGCUCAAUGUAGAAGGAUGCCAUAUCUGCUCAGCCACUGCGCCAGUUUUCUUGCUAUGUAUCAUUUGUCUGUUUUUUUAUACCUGUGUAUUGGAAGCCUUUUUAUACAAGAAGUCCUAAUUGUUUGGAGCAUACUUUAUUUAAUUUUGAAUAUUUCAAACUUGUGGUACUUUAUUCAUUUUUUAGGGUAUAGACAAAUGGGAAGGAAGCUUCUGGUAAUUUAAACAAAAAUGUGUGGUUCCUAGAAUUUUGAAACAACAUGAGUUGAUUCCACCGCAAAAAAGACACCACAAUGAUCAAUAGAGGGGAACCAAGGGCAUGUGGUAAUACUCUUGUCGUGUACAGCUGUUAUCAAAAGUAUAUGAACCAGGGCUUCUGCAAAAAAUAAAUAAAUAAAGUAGGAAAGAAUUGCUUGAUGCCCUGCCUUUAGACUGAAAUGGAAGAAUACAUUUCACACUUGGCACUGCAAACGUCGCAGUGCAUUUGUCAGUUUCAGGUUGUCUGGCCUGCCAAGAAAUUCAGCUCUUUUUCUUUUUGGCCAAUGCUGCCAUUUGCAUACUUUUGAUCAUGGCCACUGAGGAGCGACAUUGUUGAGGUUGCCAAGACCCCUUUGCAUUGAGUAGUAGUCAUAACCAUACGCAGACCUCAAAUGAUUAUCAUGGAGCCGUUUUCUGGGCAAGUGAAUUGUUCUGCUCAAUAGUGGUGACAGAUCAGCUCAACAACUUCAGCAGCAAUACCUGUCAAUGACCAUUGAAUGUACUCAUUUUGCAUUGGUGCAAAUCAGGCCAAACAGGUCCAGCGCUGUGUUGGUAGUCUUUCAAUGUCUCUGUAAAAAGAUUGCUUAUGUAGGGAAAACUGCAAGUGAAUGCCAAGCCUAUUUUAUUCUCUCUCUUAUUUUGCACACCAACAAAAACGGCUAUAAUGUAAAUGUGUGAAUACCAGAUUUCAUUUACCAUUUUGAAAAUUCAGGCAGGUAAAAAAAAAAGGUGCCAGGUAAUUUUACUUUAAAAAGCAGGAUAAUUCUUUUUUUUUUUUUUUUUGAUGAAUCGGCAGUUAACUAGCCUUGAUGAGUUGCCAGAAUUUGUGUCAUGGCAGGAAGCCGAUUUGGAAAUUUGGAGGUGGCAUUACCACAUGGCCUUACACCUGUAGUUCUUUUUUGGCAUACCGGAACUGCACUUUUGGGUAGCUUGACCAGUUUUUUUUUUCCUUUUUCUUCUUUUUUUUAGAAGCAUGCCAA